UGAGACGCGAGUCUAAGCAGACGUCUGAUUUUAUUAUAGCUAUAAUGAAAUACCUAUAAACAAUUGCGACAAAUAAAUAUCAUUUUUGCGACAUCAGUUAAAGUUAAGUGUGUCACGCGUGUUUUACGUUUCUACAAAUUUUGAUGUGGACGAUGUACUAAAUAUCUUAUAGUGAAGUGACAAAGUGUAUUGGGUAGAAUGUCCAACCCAAUUUCGAGCCCGUUUGGCCGUAGCCAAUUGCUACGCCGAAGUCCUCCACCGACGCCUACUGCACCUAUACCCCCAAGAGAUCCGGAUCCACCAGUAUCAGCAGAGAAUGAACUACCCAGUGAAGCCAUUGCUACGUCUGAGAUCCAAAAAUGGUUAGGAUCUAUAGAUGGCAUUCUUAACGAAGUUUGCACUAUUGUAGGUGAAGGGAAAAUGAACUCUGACCAGAAGCUCCGUGUGUCCACCCUUUGCCGAAAGAUUUCAAGUGGGACUUCUCAAAUGGCCGUUUUAUUUCAAUCAUUAAAACAGAAAACGGUAAAGGCUUACAACACCAUCCAGCACCUACAGGACCAGCAAUACGUUGCGGACACACUUGAGCAGUUAAAAGAAGUAGUUGCAACCAAAUUAAAUACGACUGAAACUACUUCGUACGCUAGCAUGGUAAAGAAAGGUCCCGAAAACUUCAUCCGUCCUGCAAAUUUAAGCUCAGUCGCUAUUUAUCCCUGCGAUAAGACUAAAACAAGUGAUGACACCAAAUCGCUUGUACAAAAAAUUAUCUCGCCCGAGCAACUUAAGCUGCAUGUACGUGGAAUGAAAAAAGUAAGAAAUGGCGGUGUUGUCAUUAGCACUGAAAGUAAAGGAGAUAUCGAAAAGCUGAAGAAAUCGGAGAAGUUAGUUUCCUCAGGCCUGACGGUAGAAGAACCAUCAAAAAGACGCCCGAGGGUCGCAAUUAUUGGUGUCCCAGUAGCACUAACGGACAAGGAGGUUUUUGACUGCAUUUAUGAGCAAAACCUUUCUGAUAAGGCACUGAACAUAACUCGUGAGUCCUUCUAUGAGUCCGUUAAAUUGAGCCAUAAAUCGGGGAAAAAAGGCCUCCCUUCCUGUAACUACAUCGUGGAACUUCCCGCCAGUAUCAGGAAAAUUAUAAUAAGUCAAGGCCGAAUUUUUAUUAACUGGACAUCAUGUCCUGUAAGAGAUUUCACUGUCGUGACCAGGUGCUUCAAUUGCCAACAGUUUGGUCACGCAGCCAAGUUUUGCCGAGAAACUAGCCCAACAUGCAACCAUUGUGGAGAACCUGGACACUCAGGCAAGGAAUGCAACAGCAGCUCUUCCCCUACAUGUGCGACGUGCAAACGCUAUAAGAGGAAAUGUGACCAUCCUACUGGGGAUGUAACCUGCCCUGCACGUAAAUAUGCAGAGAUGAACUAUAUUAAUUCUAUUGACUAUGAAGGCGUCUAAGAGCGCCACUUAAUACAUA